CUUGCACGCGGUCAAAUCGCUCGGGGGCAGCCGUACGAAGCAAAACGCGUCUUGGUCUCUCUGAGCUAGUGCCUUACAAGACGCUAGCUAAAGCUGCGCCGGUGCUUGAGCUCGGCCCCGCAGCGCUCCCAGAGAAUUGGCCGUUGCGGAGGUGAAGACCUCAAGUAGUACUGCGGCCCUCCUCCCGGAGCGGCGGGGCGCGUCCCUGAAACGCCAGAGACUGCUUUCAGGUCAGGUGGACUCCACGCCACGCAAAGAACUCCGCGCGCGGACGCGCGUUAGGUCACAAGCACCCAAGAACCAUGUUCGACGGCAGCGCCGUCGAGAAGCGCAGCGUGAACCUCGGCGGCCGCCGCCGCGACAACGCGAGCGCGUCGGAAUUAGCGAGGCGCGCCCGCGUCGAGCGCGCCGCGCGCGCCGCCGAGGCGAAACGACUCAAGAGUGCGCAGUGCGUCCAGAGGUGGUACCGCGGCCGCCGAGCAGCUAAAAGGUGGCGCGCCGAGUUAAGACGCAACUUCGACGCGCGCGUGCAAGAUUUAGAGAGGGUCCGCGCCGCGCUCGCGGCGCAGCACGUGCCCUUCGCGCCUCCAGAAAACGUGGCGGCGAAGCUCGUCGCGGGCUUCGUGGCUUUUGAUAGUGGCGCUUCGGACGCGACGCGCCUCGAGAGCGCCUGUACCUUAUUUCUGGGCUGUGCCUCGAACCCGCCGUCGCGGGCGCGCGGCGUCAUCCAGAGCUGCGUCUCGGCUUUGGAGCGCGGCGAAAAUGUAGGAGCGGGCGUCCAAGGCGCCCUGAACGCGCUCCAGGACCCGACGCUGUUGGUCGAGGUCGGUCCGCGCUGCUGCGCCGUCCGUAAUUCUUUAAUCGCAUCGCGGGUCGCGGCGGCGGCCGUGCGCAUUGGAGGCGAGGGCCCCCGCGCGGAUGCUUGCAGAGCCGCUUAUUUACAUUUGCUCGCGUCGACGCAACGGACGCGGCGCCUCGACGCGCCUUUAUUGGAGGAAGCAGGCGUAUUACGGAGGGCCUGCGACGCGCUUACAUCAAAGGCCGACGCGCGGAUCCUUGCCGUGUUGAUGGACUUGGCGCCCAAGGCGCCGGUCGACGACGCGUUGCCAUCAAGCGUCGCGCGCGCGGCCUCGAUGCUCGUCCAGACGCUGCCGCUUGAAAUACAAGGAGAGAAGAUGGACGAUUCGUCGGACUCGGACGACGACGCGCGGCGGGGCACGCUGUUACUCGCCGACGCUUUGUCUGACGCCUUCGCGGCGCGCGACAGAAGGGCCCCCCGAGGGUCCAUAGACCUCGCACGCGUCGCGAGACCUUUUUGUGCUUGGCUCUGCGACAAGGCUACUGUCUCAUCAGAAGCGGCGCGCGCGGCCGCGGGCUUUGGUUCUGCAGUUUUAGCAAGGUGCGCGACGGCACAAGCCCUACUAGGCAAGGCGACGGCCCAGCCCUUGCUGGCGGAAGCGGUCUUAGACGCGGCGGCCUUCUCCCGAGAAAGGGGCGCGGUAGUGAGGGCACUGUUCGCGGAGGUCGAUAAUGAGGACGCUCUGCUACUCUUCGCGGCGUCUUUCGCGUUGUUGCUACGCGCGUUGGACGAUGCUGCUUUAGCGGCAGGCUGGUCCGGCGACGACCUGCGAGGUAUCGUAUCAUUACUAUCGAAGUUUCUGAGGAGAGAAAUGUGGGACGAGCCGAUACUACAAAAAGACCCCGACGCCAAACGGCUCGCCACGGUGGCGGUCUGCGCUAGACUGUUUUCGCAGCUGAGAGAUAGGGUGGCGAGGCAGUUAGAUGAUGAUCAGUUGUGGCUCUGGGACGGCGUUCGCGCGGCUUCUGUCGAGAUCCAGGCGCCCCCACCUCCACAAAUGGAGGAAGAUGAUGAUGAGGACGCCAUGGACGUCGACGGCGACCUGCCCUGGGCUAGAAGACAGCAACCACAACCUAUGCCGAGUGAAAGGCCGCCCCUACACGCUUCGCUCGAACCUAGAGUAGCCCAAACGUUAGCCGCGUGCCCGUUUGUGGUAGGAUUUCAACAACGAGUAGCUCUAUUUCAGGGCAGAGUAGAGAAGGACAGGCAACAGCGCCAGAGCGACGCCGGGUUUGAUAUGUCGAUGCGACCUCUGGGGUUCAGGGUCAAAGUCCGACGCGACCAGAUCUUCGAGGACGCGUUCCGCCAGCUCCACAAGUUAUCGAGUGAUCAACUCAAGGGCCGCGUGCAAGUCACGUUCAUCAGCGAGACAGGACAGGAGGAGGCGGGCAUUGACGGGGGUGGGGUGUUCAAGGAGUUCCUCGAUCAACUGACCAAGGCCGCCUUCGGGUCUUCGGGAUUGUUCAAGGCCUCGCCUACUACUGGGUUAUUGUACGCUUCUGGCUCGUCCGAUCUAGCUCGCUAUGAAUUCUGCGGUCGUAUUAUUGGCAAAGCGUUGUAUGAAGGUGUCUUGGUCGAACCUAGGUUCGCGCGCUUCUUCCUCAACAAGGCCCUAGGCAAGUACAACUACUUCGACGAUCUUAGGAGUUUAGAUGGCGAUCUAUAUGGCAAUUUGGUACGGUUAAAACACAUGAAUCCAUCGGAAGUAGAUGCUUUAGAUCUUAGUUUUGCUAUCACGGUAAACGGUAGAGAUGUACCUCUAUCGGAUACCGAGACGAAAGUAACGGCAAAAAAUCGAAGCAGAUACGUCCAACUCGUGGCGCACCAUCGCCUGAACGUGGAGCCCGCGAAGCCCUGUGCGGCCUUCUUGAAAGGUCUGAGGGCCGUGAUAGAUGCGACGUGGCUUAGAGCCUUCGAUCCAGAUGAACUACAAGUUUUAGUGAGCGGUGCCGACGUCUCCGUAGACGUAACAGACUGGCAGCGCCACACGCACUACGGGGGCGGCUACCACCCCUCCCAGCCUUUUAUUAGGUGGUUCUGGGAGGUCGUGUCGGAGUUUGAUGAUCACGACCGGGCGGCAUUACUGAAAUUUGUGACGGCUUGCAGUCGGCCGCCUCUGCUCGGGUUCCGCAUGCUGUCUCCCUCGAUAUCUAUUCAUCAAGUCAGUAUACAUGCGGAUGAUGAUAGAUUGCCCACAGCAGGAACGUGCAUGAAUCUGCUGAAGCUACCGAGGUACACCUCGAAAGAGGUCUUGAGGGAGAAGCUGCGCUACUCGAUCCACAACGGCGUUGGGUUCGAGCUGAGUUAAACAUAUUGUUCACUUAA